AGUGGUACCAAUGGAAUCCACUUGUUUGCACCGCAUUCAUAUGGUAGUUCUUUGAUUGAAAGAAGGACGUCCCGAGUGAAAGUAUGAGAAAGCAUGAAUUGCAUUGCAGCCAUGUGGAAUCUUAUGAGUAGCGAUGGCAUGAACGACGUUGUGCGGGUGUUCACUGAGCUGGAUAGACCUGUCUGUGAUUUUGUAUUUGUAAAUUCUGAAAUGGAUCCUUUCCCCUUACAUUUUAUAUGUGCUAAUCUCAUAGUAUUAAACAUAUCUGUAUGUGUCAUUGCGGGCACUUCAUCUUCAACCUGGGUGAUUAAUCUCAAGCGUUUUCGGCAAAAUGAACAGAAUGGGCUAUAUGUAGACCAUCUCAACCAGGAUUGUCUAUCACAGAUGCGUUUUUAUCGACGAUGGCCGGCUCAAUCUUUAUAUCAAAAGAAAUUCUGGACAAUCCGAAUGAUGAAGGUAUUUGUAAGAGUGGCGAUUCCAAAGCAUCAUGACAUGACUUAUUGCUAUGAUUUUGCGUACUAUUACGAGCGAAGGUAUGGUUCACCUUGUCAUGAAGUUCCAACAGGCUAUUAGCUCUUAACCUUGUCGAGUUGUUUUCGUCAAAAUUGAGGCGUUUAGCUCUCACUGCUGAGGAUGUAUUGACAAGUUGCAUUACAUAUGAAAUAGAGUAUACGUAAAUAGCUACCCAGCGGACUGUUAUGGAUAAAUUGAGCAUUUAAAGUCAUUCUUCGAGAGGUCCAUUGGUAUACGUAGUCUUUUCUUAACUAAUCGA